UCCCUCGCGCCGUGCAUCAUACAUAUUCACAUACAUACAUCCAUACCCACCAUGGGCUUCAUGAAGCUGUUCCGCCGACCAAAGAGUCCAAAAAAGAACAAAGCUCUCGCCCGCCACAACGACGCCCAGUUCCAAUUCCCCUCCUACACGGGCCCCGACCAAACCCGCCGCCUCGACGACAAGAUUCUGCGUCUCAUCUUCCAAUAUGUCUGCCUGCAUUGCGCCGACGAAUCCCUCGAAGCGAGCGAGGAAUCCGGCUAUGAGGGCUGCAUGAGCUGCGACAUGCGCGACCUCGCCCAUUGCGCCCUCACCAAACGCCAGUGGUACUCGGUCGCCGCUGGUUUACUCUACAAGAGCAUCCGCAUCGAUGCCGUCCACUACUGCGAAAUCGAAGAAAUCUACGCCGACCAGCGACGGCGCAAGUCCCGCAAUGGCGAGGAAUUGGACGCACCAGCCAUGCGACUGCAGCAGCUGUGCCGUACUGUGCGCGCCAACGGCAACGUCGGAUCCCGCGUGCGUUUUUUGAAGCUACCUUACAUGACCCGCGAGUCCUGCAAGGCUGAUUUGGCCCGCACCGUGUCUGUCUGCCCCAGCCUCGAAUACGUCGAUCUUCCCGAAGGUUUCUACAACGGCGACCCCGCCUGCCAUACGCUGCGCCAGGAAUUGCAGGCACGAUGCCCCAAAAUUCGCAAAAUGAAAUACAACGAGGGGAGCGAGCAGGCGCUAGAGACGCUGCUGCAUGGCUACUGGCAAGAGCUGCGUAUAGUCGACCUCAACGGCAUCCAAAUUGAGCCUACCACGGUGCGUCGGGCAUUGGGCGUGCUUCCUUGGUUGAGCGAACUCAGCUUUUCCCACAUUGCCUGGAUGAACGACAGCUUCUUUCACUCAGUGCCUGGAGUCCCUGAUUUUCCUGCCCUCGACACGUUGAAGCUGAAUAAAAUCCACGGCUUGAAUGCCGAUGGACUGGUUCACUACCUCUCCAACCCCGUCAACAGCGACACGCUGCGCACGUUGAGAAUCAAAGACUGUUCUCGGUUACCCGUGGCGUCCCUGCAUAUCAUCCUUCAAUCGGCCAGGAACCUGACUUCUCUGGAGUUUAUUGCCACCGUCUCAUCGUCUCUCCCGAUCGACCCUAUCCCACCUAUGGCCUCACGCAGCCUUGUCAAGAUGAACUACGAGAUUGUCGCCAAUUCCACGAGUCAAUCGUACUCCCCAUCGACUUCCUACUAUCAGUAUCUUACAAACUCUCUCAUGUCCAACUCGCUGCCUGCUCUCCGUCAACUGUAUGUGCGCGAUCCCGACUUUCCAGAAUCGCUUACUCUCGCACCACCUAUCCGACCGUUCGCCGACGCCCCUCCCUCGCAAGGUUUCAACCAGCCUCUCGAAGUCUUCUCCAAAGGUCUCGACGAGCUCGAGUGGAUCUUCACCUCCAUCAUGCCCGCCGACGGAUUUGGCAGGCGAGCCUCUAUGGUUGGUGGGAGACCGCUCAGUAGCUACAGCGCCAACAAGGGCAUGGGGCCGCAAUGGGGUGGCGAUGCAAGGCGGAGUGUUGUAGUACCAAACGGAUUCGGCGGGUUUCUGGCCAUUCCUGCGGAAAAUGACCGACCACGAAGCGCGGGUAACUUGGCUCCACCAGGUGCAUUUGGUCACUCGCAUUCGGCGUCUUUGAGUUCAUUGGGAGGUGCUCCUCGUGCUAGCUGGAUGCCGGGACAUCAGAAGCGAUCUUCCAGAGCUGAUCUAUGGCGGUAG